AUGUCCGCACUGUUCAACUUCCAGUCUCUCCUCCUGGUCAUCCUUCUCAUGAUCUGCACAUGCACGUAUGUACGAGCCGUCGCGCCGCGACUCAUCGACAGGAACAAGGAAGGGUUCCUGGGUCUAUUUUGGAUGUCUGCGCGUGUCGGCGAGCGGCUCUCACCAUGGGUCUCUAUGGCAUGUAUAGCAAUGGCCGUAACGCUGCUUGCGCAAUGA